GGCGACCAAAACAAGGGGUGUUUAGUGCAACUGCGGAUUUCCACAUUAUGUCGCAAUGACUUGACAGAAUGGCAGUGGCAGCGAUCCUUGAAUUUAGCGGAAACAAACACUGCUUCCUUACGCCGUCCAAAGUUCUCGUGAAAAAUGCUGGUAAAAAGGACGAGGUGCAGGUGUAUCAGUUGAAGUUUGGUCAGAGCAGUCAAGUGUACCUGAGUGUGACCAGGGACACAAGCGAUGUGCUGCCUGGCGAAGUGGUGGAGCUCAACGGCUUGUACGCCAACAAGCUGGGCCUCAAGAGUGGGGAAGAGGUGAUCCUGAAAGCACUGAGGAACCCUGGGACUGCUCGUCGUGUGUCAGUCGAGCCACUCUCCGUAGAUGACUGGGAGAUACUGGAGCAGCACACAGUGUUUGUGGAGACACACAUGCUGGACCAGGUACGCGUGGUAUGGCCGGGGCAGGUUCUCCCUCUCUGGGUGUCCAAGUCGGUCUGCAUUUUCCUGAAAGUCGUGAGCGUGGACCCUGUCUCCUCUUGCGCUUUGCUGGACAAUGCCACAGAAGUCAUUGUGGCGCCGAAGGUCAGAAACCAUGCCAUGGAUGAUGGAAGGUCAUCCCAGGAACGGAACAUGUUUGGUCAAGAGCAUGGUAAAAAGCCAGAAUCGUUUGUCCGACAGAGGAAAAGCAAGAGUGACCCGUACCCGGGAACGUAUGCCAGCAACGCCCAGACUAACCAGCGGGAGCUGGGGAGGAAGAUGUCUCUUGCCAAUGAGUCUGAGAGACGUGAACCCAAACGUCUCAUCAAACGUCAGUCAUCCAUGAUGGAACAUUUCUGGAAGUAUAUGUAUUCGUGGUUACCAAUCAGCGACUAUUACACAUCUGACAAGGAGACAGAGAAAACAUCAUAUGAUAUAGAGAAGAAAGAGACAUUUGUGUUACAACGACACAAUUUCGUGUUUCGAACACAAGCAAUGAAGUUUCUUUGCAAUCCCGAAGAGCUCUUGAGUACGUCAGUGUUGCAGAACAUGCCAAAGUCAUUGUCCCGAGCAAAGGCUCGUAAGAAGCACCAGAUGAAGAAUGCCCCAUCAACUCUUGAUCCUGAGUUCCUGCCUGGCCACCAGAACCUUGUCAAAGAACAAAGUACUGCCACUCCAGAACUGUUCCAACCGUCGAUGGUGUUUGUUAAAGUUGAUGAUGUGUUAAAACAAACAGAGACAAACUUUGUGCAGGCCAAUCUUCCCCGAGUCUUCUAUGCACAACUGAGGAAGCUUUCUUCUCCCAAGGAAUCAGGUACGGAGGAAAAGAAGAAGUCGGACGUGAAACGGACGAUGUCUGCUGGAGGUGCAGAUAAGAAAGGCACCAAGCCUCCUGUUGCGAGGGCUGCUGAGAAUUCGGCCACCGAUGGGGAAGGGGAUGUGUGUGCAAUAGUCCGUGUAGUGACCAUUGAGCGGCAAGGAUCGUUGUGUGAUAGCCGCUGGACCAACUGUGUUGAGAGACUGCUUAAGGAGCAGCCAUUUCUCAGUGGACAUGUCAUAGUCCCUGAUCUUUUGAGACGGCAGAUGAAACUGGAUGUAACUGGACGAGUCUGGUUGCAGACAGUCCGGUCUGAACCGGUCGCAGUCAGGAAGCUGCAACUUUAUCCCUUGUCUGUUGUGCCUCGUCGUGUCAGCCCACAUAUGAUCGUGCUGGCGUUCAAAACGUGGGUGCGACAUUGUACAGAUGAAGAGCACCCGCUGGUUGUGUUCCAGGGUAUCAUGGUCAAGUUCAUGAUUUAUGCAGGACUUCACCUUGAGGCCCAGUUGACCUUCACCCCUGUGGACAACGAUGGACAACAGCAGCAGUACAUGUUCCUUCAAUCCGACAACAUUGAUGACAUGGUGAUCGGGGUGCAAAAGGAUGUCCCUAAAGAUGACACCGUCAUCAGCCCCUUCUUGCCCUUCCGAUUUGUGUCUGACUUUGACCCGAUGGUCCCCGUGAUACAACUCAGACACCUUGGUGGGAUAGACAAACUGGCUGGGCAGGCCUUGUACCACCUGGAGGCUUGUCUUGGUGCCAGGAAACUGUCCAAGACCAUGUUUGUCAGCAGCCCGGGGCUACAUAACGGCAUCCUCCUGAUAACGGGACCGAAGGGAUCGGGGAAGACCUCCUUCGGGAAGGCCCUCUGUAGGCUGUUGGCCGAACUACCUGUGAUGGCGCAUACAGUGGUCAUUGACUGUAAGCCUCUCAGAGGUAAGAGGGUCGAGAAUAUGCAAAAGGUGCUGGAGAACCUGUUUGAUGAGGCGGCAUGGCGGCAGCCAGCAGUCAUCUUCCUCGACGACCUGGACGUCAUCGCAGGGGCUGCUUCUGGUCCGGAGGCUGAGAUGUCGGGGGAAGCCCUGUAUGCUUCUAAAGUGGCUGAGAUGAUUCAGAGUUUGGUGAAGUUUGAAAUCAACAACAGCAGCCACAUAGCAGUAAUGGCCUCCAGCCAAUCAACUGCCUCGUUACAUCCAAGCCUGAUGUCGUCCAGAGGUGCUCACUUCAUCCAGGAAACGGUCACCAUCAGUCCGCCUGACAAGGUUGGGAGAAGAGAUAUCUUGUCUUCCAUCAUUCGAAACAAGACUUGCGUUUCGGCAGCAACAUUCAACGCCAUUAACAUGGACGACAUCGUCAACAAGACAGAGGGUUUUGUAGCUCGUGACCUUGAACAUGCUGUGAACAAGGCCAUUCAUGCCAAAUUCCUUGGAGAUGCCUCGGUCAACAAAAAUGAGGAGAUGUGUCUGACGCAGGUGGAGUUUGACCUCGCACUGGAAGGGUUCCGUCCAGCAUCCAUCAGGAAUGUCCAGCUCCAUGUGGCUGGGGAACUCGGCUGGGAGGACGUCGGUGGACUGACGGAGGUGAAGAAGAUGCUGAUGGAGACGCUGCAGUGGCCGUCCAAGUACCCUCAGCUCUUCCUGAAUUGUCCACUGCGUCUGCGGUCGGGGCUGUUGCUGUAUGGGGCUCCGGGGACGGGGAAGACGCUGUUGGCGGGGGUUGUUGCGAAGGAGUGUGGCCUCAACUUCAUCAGCAUCAAGGGGCCGGAGUUACUCAGCAAAUAUAUUGGUGCCAGUGAACAGGCAGUGCGGGAUCUCUUCACAAGAGCUCAGAGUGCCAAGCCUUGUAUUUUAUUUUUUGAUGAAUUUGACUCCAUUGCACCAAGGCGAGGACAUGACAGUACCGGGGUGACGGACCGUGUCGUCAACCAGCUGCUGACACAACUGGACGGAGUUGAAGGCUUGGAAGGUGUGUAUGUGCUGGCCGCCACAAGUCGGCCUGACCUCCUGGACCCUGCCCUGCUUCGACCAGGCAGACUGGACAAGUGUCUCAACUGUGGACUGCCCAAUGAGAUUGAGCGAGCUGAGAUUCUGAAAAGCCUUACAAGGAAAAUGACUCUGGCUGAGGAUGUGAACUUUACGACUAUUUGCAAACAAGCUGAGUAUUUCACUGGGGCAGACUUCAAAGCCCUCCUCUACAAUGCCCAGCUUAAAGCUAUCCACGAAGCUGCUUACACAAAUUCUCCAAGAAACUCACCUCGAUCUGCCAGCCUGCACACACCAGACAACAAGUCAAAGGGAGGUAACUCUUUCACCUUUGACGUUCAUUGUGGAGCUAUGAUAAAUGACUCGUUCAACAAGACAGUUCUGAGUCCGGUGAAUGAAGAGAAGGAUAUAGUUAAGGCUGUGUCAUUUACUGCGGAGAGAGCUCCGUCCGGGAAGGUCGGUGUGAAGGAUGUCCCCAGGUGGAAGAAAUCCAGCAAGUUGUUGCCCAGCAUGACCGGGACGCAUGAUAUCACACCCAUGCAGCGGGUGACCUUCAUCCCCAAGUUGGAGGACGGACCUGUUGACCUGGUGCAGGAGGACGAGGACAAGAUGUUGACCAUGAUUCAGGAAAUUUAUCGUCGGGAAAACGUGAAACUGAAAAGCGAUGACCAACGUGAUCAGAUGGAACCUGACACUAGUCAUCACAUGAUCACUGUCAACCAAUCCCAUCUGGCGGCAGCUCUGGAAGGGAUGCGACCCUCCGUUUCAUCAGAUGAGAGACUGAAGUACAAAAACAUAUAUGAGAACUUUGUGUCAUCUCGCAGUGGGGACUUUGCUGCUGGAUCUCCGACCGAGGGCAAGAGAGCUACCCAUGCAUGAUGUUCUUGUGUAAUAUUCUUGCCACAGUGAUGCCCCAACAAGAUAUUACAACUGAUUUCAUGUCAGAUUUGCCAAAUCAAUUUCCAAAUAUUAGAUCAUGGUCACAUUGUGUCUUUGUGAAAGUUUUUGUUUUUAUGCAGUAGAUGUAUAUAAAUCUUCAGUUAAUAAGUGUAUAUAUUGUAACAUUUUAACAGCAUCCCGCUUUUCAAGUAGCCAGAAGUAUUACAAAAUAAAUGUGAUAUUAUCCAAUGUGUUGACAAAGACCUCUUUUUGUUUCAUUAUUGUUGUGCAGGAUGUUAUUAAAGGCAUGAUUGUCCAAAUAUUGUGAAAAGGAUAUGGAAUUAUCAUGAAUAAUGAUUUUUUUAUCACUUUGAACCUUCGGGAAUAGAAACACAGUAUUCAUUGUACUACGUGCUUGUUCCACUAACAUCCCUUAUCCAACCUCUGGGCCUGUCCGGGCCCCGAUUUCUCGAAACAAACUUAAGUUUUUACUCAAAUUUCAAACUAAGUUUGACAAUUUGAAACAGCUGAAUUUUUAACUCAACUGCAUUUUUAUAAUAAAAAA